CUCAUCAGCAGCAUGGCUGUCAGUAUAUAUUUAAAGCUUGAACGAUGCGCUUCCUCUCGUCUAUUUGGUUUUUUUUGUUUGUGCAUUUUGACGAAAAUGUUGUCGUGUGGAUACAUAAGUGGACUAAAAUAUGGAUGGAUUUAAGUGCAGUGACGUGAUAUGUGCACUAGUACACAAAGAAAAACAUUGAAGCUGAAUUUAAAUUCUGAAAAUGACUUCUCGGUUGGAUCGUUUGUUCGUGUUGCUGGAGGCGGGCGCGGGUCCGGCCACGAGGCGAGCCGCCGCCAAUCAGCUCGGGGAAGUGCAGAAGGCUCAUCCCGAGGAACUGCACCGCCUGCUGGCCAGGCUCAUGAAACACCUGCGGUCACCGGCCUGGGAGACGAGGGUCGCUGCUACACAGGCGGUAGAGGCGAUAUUAUCACAUGUCCCAGAGUGGCUCCCCCCGCCAUGCACAGCUAAAGAGGAGGAUAUUGAUCAAGAUGACAGCAGCCGUCUGAGAUGUGAAACGUUCGACAUCGAACGUGUCCUGGAACAUGGAGCACAUCUCAUGGGAUCCGAGGGUCACGAGUAUGACCUGGAUGAGGAGACGCUUUCAGCUACAGAUAUGAAGGACCGUCUGACCAAACAGCGCCAGAACCUCAACAGUCGCUUGGGUCUGGACGUGGCUGCGUCUCUGGGGGUGGACCUCAGCGGGGUCUACUCCAACGAGGACCUCUGCAUCCAGAAGACAGCGACUACACCCACAAAUAGACGUCCCGUCCAGGAGCUGGUGUUGUCGAAGGGUCUCAGCUCGCGUGAAAUGAAUCUGGCUAAGCGUAAGGCUCGGCUGGCCUUCAGCAAGCAAAAGUCCCGCGAUUGUGAGGAAUCUCCCGCCACGACGCCCACCACGCCCACCACCACCAUCGCCAGCAUCGCCACCACCACCAUGGAGCCAGAACGGAAGAAGAUCAAACUGGAACAGGCCGACGAUACCAUCUUGGAGGUGUCUGGUUGUGCGGUGCCGAGCCGUGAUGGUAGUUGGGGGGAAGGUCAUCGGUGGCCCCUAGGGGCCUGGAGCGGGGCCCUCACCGUUCAGCUACUCAGUGGGGCCUGGGAGGCCAGGCACGGGGCUGCCUCUGCUAUAAGAGAGUUACUGAGGGCCCCUAUCGUGCGCUCCGCUGGAUGGAAGGCUGGAAUGACUGCACAGCAGAUGGAGGACUCUCAUCAGGAGUGGUUGGAGGACAUGGCGCUUCGUUUACUGUGUGUGCUGGCGCUCGACAGAUUUGGAGACUUCGUUUCUGAUCAGGUGGUGGCCCCGGUGCGUGAGUCUAGCGCUCAGGCCCUGGGCGUGUGUCUGUCACGACUGAGGGCUGAGCGAGUGUCGCUAGUGGCGAGGGCGCUGGGAGGACUCGCACGACAUGCGCAGUGGGAGGCCAGGCACGGGGCGCUGCUGGCCUUCAAAUACCUACUGGCAGCCAGGAGGGAGGUGGCAAUCGAAUGCGGUGCUCUUGAGCUGUUGAUGUCGGGGUUGGAGGACUCCGCGGAGGACGUGUCGGGCGUGGCGGCGGGGGCGUUGGCGUUGGCGGCGGACGCCCUGGCUGCGGCCCGCCAGGACCGGCUGGCGCGGCUGGCGGCGAGGCUGUGGGCGCUGCUGCGGGACCAGGACGAGCUCGCGGCGCCCGCCCACAAGUAUAUGGCGCUGCUGGCUGCCCUCAUGGCCCUGCCCGCCGCCGCCGCUCACCUACAUCCCAUUGAUUUGGCGGAUGUUCUGCCAAGACUGUGGCCGUACCUCGACCAUUCCACCAGUUCGGUGAGGAAAGCGACUCUACAAACACUGAGAACAAUCACAAGACCCCUCGUAACUACAACGAGUAACGGACAGAACGGUGGUGGAAAUGAAAAGGACGAUGCUCAGAGUAAUACAGACAAUAGUCAAGGGAGUGACACUCGAGUUGAAGAGAACGGGGACUCCAACAAUUACCUGCAAUGGACCCCGGAACUACUACAGGAUGCGAUGCGGCAUGUGUACCAAAGGGUGUUGUUCGAACACGUUGAUGAUAUACAGGAGAUAGCAUUACAGGUGUGGGAGAACCUCCUCCAUCACGCAGACUUGGGUGUGAUCCUGGUGGCUUCAUGUCCGCUGCUCUCGCUCUGGAUGUGUCUCGCCAUGCAACCCGCUAGACUGCCGCUUGACCCUGCACUAUUACUACACACGCCCACAAAGGAACGCUCCUGCCGAGUCCGGAUUGGUGGAGUUAUUCAACCAAAUAGUGAAGGUGAACCGAGGCCAAGUCAGAAAUGGUAUCUUGGUGGAAGCGAGUCACAGUCGGCUGCUAUCAGAGAUGCCAACGUCACCAAGGCUAGAUGUUUGGCAGCGGAGUUGUUGGGUCAUCUGUCCUGUUACCUCGUACAACCGGCCCCGGGGAUUGAAUACAAGGCUGAAGACGAGAGCCCCAUUGACUGUUAUGUUAGGGUUAUGUUAGUGUACCUGAGAUCCGGCAGUGCUCUCCAGCGGCUGGUUGCCGGUCUGGUGCUGGCGUCGUGGGCGCGGAACUCCUUGCGAUAUGGACUUUACCCACCACACCUAAAGCAAACGGAAACAAGUGAAGACAAUCUCAGUGUUGUAUCUAAACUGGCGCCACCGUCGCUGGUGACCGCCUUGCACACCGCGCUCAACCAGACCCUGUACUAUGAUGAGGUCGCUCUCAACUGUAACAGGAUACUACAGGAGGCGCGCGACCUGCUGGCCAUGAUGAAACAUUACAAACUACCUGUGGACAAUGAAGAGUACAAUAAUAUACUGAGACUAGAACAGGUGUCAAUGCUGGCGGCGGGAUGCGAAGCGGCGGUGGCCGGGGCUCGCAGUAAGAGGGUGGCCGCCUCGCUAGAGGAGCGCCGCGUCGCCCUGCUGGAGGCCGCCCGGGCUGCCACACGGGAGCACGCCGCGCUCGCCGUGUCAGUCCAAGCCGCCCUCAGCAGUGCGGUGGCCCAGCUGGCGGCGUUACCCGAGCGACUGAACCCAGUGGUGAGACCUCUCAUGGAGAGUAUCAAGAAGGAGGCUUCCGAGGAGCUGCAGAGAUUGUCAGCCGGGACACUAGCAGCGUUACUGGCACAGCUCGUCCACAGACAACCCUGUCCUAAUAAUAAAGUUUUGUCUAAUCUCAAAGCUUUUCUGAGUUGCGAUCCAGAAUUCACUCCGCGCAUCAGUUUGGAGACAACAGAGGAAGUGAACGGUGAUUCCGGAAGUGGCGACAGUGGGGGGGAGAAUGAAGGUCCUGCCAACCAGACACCGAGCUUGGACAAGUACGAGGGCAUCCUCACUCUCCGCGAGCAGCAGCGGAGUGCGGAGCGACUGGUGACGAGGCGGGGCCGGCCGCCCGCACACACGCCCGCAGACCUCAGCCUGGACCAGCUGUUCCCGCACGAGGACGAGGCCAGGAAAUUGCUUCGGAUACAAAGGAGGGGCGCCACGAUGGCCUUGACGAGUCUCACGGAAUACUUCGGUGAUGAUUUGCCGGAGAAGCUGCCGAGGCUGUGGGAGUUUAUCAUUGAACCGUUCGAGAAGGUUAUGUCCGACGAAGAAUUGGAAAAUAUUCCAGAAGAAGUUGUUGAAGAAUUAAUAUCGAGACUCCAGGUCGUGGAAGCAGUGGCGGGCAGUGUGGGGAGAGGGGAGAAGAGUAUUACGAGGUUUAGAGAGAGCAAAGGCAAAGAUAAAGAUGCGAGAGAUAAAAGCGCCAGUGAUAGCGAAGCGGGCAGUUCCUCGAUGGGUGGUAGUGGGCACGUGUGGGCGCGUGUCGUGAGCGGCGUGGGCGCGUGUGCAGCUUUAUGUCGCGCACGUCACACAGCCCUACGGCAUAUGGCGGCCCGCGCGUUAGCCGCCAUCGCACAGAGAGAUCCCCAUCCAGUCAUGCGCGUCCUCGUCGAUGAGUUGGUGUCGUCGUUGGAGCACCCCAGUCCCCGAGUUCGUUGCGGCGCGGCGGAAGCCCUGGCGCGUGUCGUGGACUCCUUGCAGCUGCAUGUGGUGCCCUACAUCGCUCUGCUGGUCGUGCCGCUGUUAGGGCGCAUGAGCGACCACAACCCGUCAGUGCGCACGAUGUCGACGCGGUGCUUCGCCACCCUCAUCCAGCUGAUGCCGCUGGAUGGCCCGGCGGGGAUUCCCCCCGACCUGUCCCCGAACAUGCUGCAGCGGCGGAACAGAGACAAGACCUUCCUCGACCAACUCUUCAACCCCAAGUCCAUCAAAGAUUAUAAGAUACCCAUACCGGUGACGGCCGAGCUCCGGAGCUACCAGCAGGCGGGUGUGAACUGGCUGCGCUUCUUGAAUGAGUACAAGCUGCACGGCGUGCUGUGUGACGACAUGGGUCUGGGGAAGACGCUGCAGUCGGUGGUGGUGGUCGCGGGGUCCCACUACGAGCGCGCUCAGAGCGGCGCCCCGCAGAUGCCGUCGCUGGUGGUGUGUCCGCCCACGCUCACCGGUCACUGGGUGUUCGAAGUGACCAAGUUCAUUCCGUGUCAAUACCUGAAGCCGCUUCCCUACGUCGGUCCGCCGGUGGAGCGAGAGAGGUUGAGGGCCCAAGUGCCGUUCUACAAUCUCAUAGUGGCUUCCUACGACAUAGUCAGGAAAGACAUAGACUUCUUCAGCGGCAUCAAGUGGAACUACUGCAUCCUGGACGAGGGGCACGUCAUCAAGAACGGGAAGACGAAAGCCUUCAAGGCCAUCAAACAGAUCGUCGCCAAUCACAGGCUGAUUCUGUCCGGAACGCCGAUACAGAACAACGUGCUCGAACUGUGGUCUCUGUUCGAUUUCCUGAUGCCAGGUCUGCUGGGGUCUGAGCGUCAGUUCACGGCGCGCUACUCGAGACCCCUGCUGGCCGCUCGGGCCCGCGCUUCGCCCCAUCACCUGCAGGCUGGAGCACUCGCCUGCGAGGCGUUACAUCGACAGGUCCUGCCAUUCUUAUUGCGACGUGUUAAAGAGGACGUGCUCCGGGAGUUGCCUCCUAAAAUAACCCAGGACUACUACUGCGACCUGAGCCCGCUACAGCGGAGACUCUACGAACACUUCUCCAAGGAACACAUGCCGCAGGAGGCCACUCACUCCCACACGCACGUGUUUCAGGCGCUGCAUUAUCUUCAGAACGUGUGUAACCAUCCCAAGCUGGUGCUGGUGGAAUCUCACCCGGAGACUAACCGCGUCACGCAGCAGUUGGCCGCCGCGGGCUCCUCGCUGGAUGACAUACAGCACGGGGCGAAGCUCCCGGCGCUCAAGCAAUUGCUUCUCGACUGCGGCAUUGGUAGCGCUUCAACCGGGGACGAGAGUGCAGUAGUGUCGCAGCACCGAGCGCUGAUCUUCUGCCAGCUCAAGAAGAUGCUGGACAUCGUGGAAAAGGAUUUGAUCCAGAAACAUCUGCCCUCCGUCAGCUACCUGCGCCUCGACGGCAGCGUGCCGCCCCACCAGAGGCACGCGAUCGUGACACGGUUCAACACGGACGUGUCCAUUGACGUACUACUUCUCACCACCGCUGUGGGUGGUCUGGGUCUUAAUCUGACGGGGGCUGACACGGUCAUAUUCGUGGAACACGACUGGAACCCCAUGAAGGACCUGCAGGCCAUGGACCGCGCUCACCGCAUCGGCCAGAAGAAGGUUGUUAAUGUUUACAGACUGAUAACGAGAGACACGCUGGAAGAAAAGAUCAUGGGAUUACAAAAAUUCAAGCUGAUGACCGCCAACACAGUAAUCAGCAGUGAGAACGCGGCCUUAGAAACAAUGGGCACAGAUCAAUUGUUGGAUCUAUUUCAGUCUCCUGGAUCAGGACCGAGCUCAGGACCAACGGGAGCGCAGUGUUCUAAAUCCCUCAUAGAGAACCUCCCCGACCUCUGGGAUGACAAACUGUAUGAAGAAGAGUAUGAUAUGACCAACUUUAUUAAGAGCCUAAAGAAAUAAAAUAGUUAUCUUUUGACAAUUACUCAUAAGGCUUUUUUAUUUAUUGCUUAAAAACCGAAAUUGUAAAUUUAUAUUAUCUAACAAUGUCAUUAAAUAAGCAGUCCGUUGAAUGUUAUACAUAUAAAUUAGUUGAUAAUAUUUGAUAGUGACUGUAAAAUGUAUUAUCAUAUGGGUAUACAACAGAGGCUUACGCUGUUCAUAGAAAAGGAUUCUUAAAAUGUAAUCUGUAAUUAUUCUUUGAAAGUAUAAAUAUCACAAUUUAGGAUAAUAAAUACUGUCAAUUAAGUAGAAAAUCAAUGUUCUGUACCUCAAUAUAGGAACUAUAAUGAUGUCUAUACAAUAAAAAUAACUUAAUUCGAAGACAACUGUACUUUGUUGAUAUCGUGUAGUUUAAUGAAGCAGUUUUUGUAAUCCCCAUAUCUUCAUGAAGAGGCUGUCAUAACAAUAAAAUUUUUGUCUACACUGAAUAGAUGUAAACAUGUUAAUAAGUAAAUGGUAUUAUUUUAUAUAGUGACUUUUACAACCAUUAACGUUCUUCUGCUCAUAAUUAUUAUAGGUGUAAAUCUAUAAACUAUUGAUGAUAAUAUUUUUACUUAUUAAUUGUGAAAAUUUAAGCCUUUGACAUAUGGAUACUGCGGACUACGAUUUAUGAUGUCUGAAUCAGUAACAGGUCUAAAGCAGUUGGAAUAUUCAAUAUAUAAGUAUAUACAAUAUUGAAGCUAUAAUGUUAUAGUCUCUUUGUUUUUAUAAUUUUACCAAGAUGUCUGUGGUGUUUUCCAUGUUAAAUUCAUAAUCCUAGCCUUAUUUGCGAAUAUAAUAUAUAGUCAAUAAACCUUUCAUUUUGGAACUUUUAUUAUAAUUUAAAAAAAAAAAUGUAUAUUGACAGUUAUAAACAUUACACUCAGAGGCUUUUUGCAUGUAUGAAGCUUUUGUGUGAUUCAUUUUAUAUUCAGAUUAAUAUGUGUUGUGUAACACAGCUUUUUUGUUGUUUUUCCUGAUUGUGUUUAAGUUUAAAACUAUGUCUGAGGUAUUAUAUUUUAAUAACUUGGAUUGCACAAUAUAAUAAAUACUUUAAAUAAA